CUGCGUCCACGGAUACCAUUCAGUGGAGGUGGGCCCCAGUCUCUCUCUCUCUCUGCCGCUCGCUUCCGUUUCUGUUGACGUCUCCUUCUUCCUCUGCAUUGCCCUUUUCUCUGCUGCUCAUCGCUUUUACCAAACUAGCCCUUUCUUCAUUCGCUUAUAAUAUGAUGGGUAAUGGAAGAAGUGGAAGGAGAAAAUGAGAAAGGAGAUGGGCAGAUGUCACCAUCACGAGACCCUCUGUGUCUCCUCACAAGUGGAUCUUUGCACGUUAUGUAUGUUAUAGGAGAAAGAGUUUUCCUCUUUUCAAUUAAUUAAUUUUCCACAGAUAGAGAGAAAGAAGCGCCAGCUCUUUGUAUAUGUUCUCUACUGCACACACCAGAAACAACAGUAUUUACAACCCAACUGACUCUCUCUUCUCUCUCUUCGUCGCCUUCAACCUUCUCAAGUUCUUUUCUUUCUCCUCUUUUCAAAUGGCUCUCUGAAAACCAAUGUUUCUUUUCUUCUUCAACGUUUGGAAAAGAUCAAAAGCUGUGUUUUUUCUGCUUUAUUUUCAUCAAAUCGGUGGCUUUUUCUGCUCCUUGUGUCUUUUUUUUUUUGGAUUGUCUUAUUUUAUGCUAAAGGUUUGGGAUUUGAAAAGGGUCUCUCUUUCCUCUUAUCCAGAGAAUGUCUUUUCUUUCCGGUGCAUAACUAGCCAAGCUUUUCUUUUGAUUUUUUUAAAGUGCUUGUUUGCAAGUGCGGAAUUCAAUUUAAAUGGUUGAUUAGAGCAUUUUCUUUGUGUGUUUUACUUCACUUCUAUUAUUCAACGUUUAAUGCAUUAAUAAUGAAUAUUUUCAAAAUGUAGUUGGGGAAAUAGUUUCAAUGCUUUCCAGUUCAAUCUUUUCCUCAUCGGAUCCAAUUUACGAGGAGGUUUUACACUGAAUUUUGGGGUUCUUGGGCUUCUACAUUGGUUUCUAGAUGCUAAGAGAUCAGAUAUUUGAUGAUUUUGUUAAGUUCGAUUCAGACCCAUGAAGAAUUUUUACUGGUUUAAGCAAAUCUCCAACAAUGGCAGAUCAGGGAGGAGACUCUCUCUUGGAGAGUACAAGAGAGCAGCUUCGUGGUCCAAGUAUUUGGUGUCAUCUGGUGCAGAGAUUAAGGGAGAGGGAGAGAUAGAGUGGAGUGCCGAUAUGUCUCAAUUGUUUAUUGGCAACAAAUUUGCAUCGGGGAGGCAUAGUAGAAUUUAUAGGGGGAUUUAUAAGCAAAGAGACGUUGCAAUUAAGAUCAUAAGCCAGCCUGAAGAGGAUGAGGACCUAGCCGCAAUGCUUGAGAAGCAGUUUACUUCAGAAGUGGCUCUGCUUUUUCGGUUAACCCAUCCUAAUAUCGUCACAUUUGUUGCAGCCUGCAAGAAACCUCCUGUGUUUUGUAUAAUUACCGAGUAUUUGGCUGGAGGCUCAUUGAGAAAAUAUCUCCACCAGCAAGAGCCGUAUUCAGUUCCACUGAACGUAGUUCUGAAAUUAGCUCUUGACAUUGCACGGGGGAUGCAAUAUCUUCAUUCCCAAGGGGUACUUCAUAGGGAUCUCAAAUCAGAAAAUUUAAUACUCGGAGAAGAUAUGUGUGUUAAAGUAGCUGAUUUUGGUAUCUCAUGCCUGGAAUCUCAGUGUGGUAGUGCAAAGGGAUUUACAGGGACAUACCGUUGGAUGGCUCCUGAAAUGAUCAAAGAGAAACAUCACACGAAGAAGGUUGACGUUUAUAGUUUUGGCAUAGUGCUUUGGGAGCUUUUAACUGCAUUGACACCAUUUGACAACAUGACCCCGGAACAAGCUGCAUUUGCAGUCUGCCAAAAGAAUGCGCGACCACCUUUACCCCCUACAUGUCCGGUGGCGUUUAGCCAUCUCAUCAAUAGAUGCUGGUCAAGCAAUCCAGAUAAACGACCGCAUUUUGAUGAGAUAGUUUCAAUUUUGGAAAGAUAUUCAGAGUCCGUUGAACAGGAUCCACAAUUUUUCUCAAAUUACAAACCUUCAUCGGAACAAAUUAUUCUGCGAUGCUUCCCGAAAUGUAUGGCUGGCCAUGGUUCUGCUUCUGUAAAAGCCUAGUAAUCUCUAGUGUCAAUUAUGUGUGAUGCUAAGUGUACCAUAAUUGAUAAUUCUUUUUCUUGUGUAGGUUUGAAUGUUCAAUUAUGAUUAGGAGCCUAUGUGUAGCCUUUUGUAAUCUUCUUUUUUUAUGUAAUCCUUCUGCAUCAAAUAUAUUGGAACAAAAGCAGUUCCUUUCAUUGAUGCUUUGAUUGUAUACUUGUUCUGUUGUUCUAUCCAAUCUGGAAAAAAGCAAUGAAGAUUAUAUUGAGUGAGAAUUGAUC